AUGGCAUCAUCUUCACCUGCAACAUCUUCACCAUCAAUGGAAUCUGAGAAAUUUUCUGCAAAAAGAAGUGCAAGCGAUUCAAACAGUGAGGAACAAACCUCAAAUUCAAAAUGCCGAAAAGUGAGCUCGAAGCUACAGUUGCUCAAGAAGGCGAAGUACAACAAAGCAGUCAUUACUGGGAUAAAUAUCGUGUUAGCAUUAGAUGCACAUAUCUCUUCUAGGACUACUAUUAUGGAAGUAUGCGAGCAAACUCUCUCAUCAUAUGAUACUACUGAUUUAGUUCAUGCAAAUGAAAAAUCGCUUGCACAAGUAUUUGGUUCAUCAAAUCAAACGCCGUUGAUAACUGCUGCAGAUAUUAAUCGUAUGAAUCGGGAACGAGGUUUAGAAAUUGUCGCAAUGGCAGGUCGAUAUGAAGCAUUAGUCGACAGUGCUUCUCGUUCACCUGCUGCAAAUAUGGAAAGGAAUAAAAUUUGGCGUGAAAUAACAGAAGAAAUUAAUAAAAAAUAUUCACAUUUGAAUACUUUAACCUUUGAGCAGUGUAAAAAGCUAUGCAAAUAUUAUAAACGUAAAGAUCCAACAAAUUACGGUAUUGCAUUUCAUUCAAUGCAUGCUGAUUUAAUACCAAGUGCUUAUAAAGAACAACAACAACAACAAGCUGCAGCUGCAGUUGCAGUUGCAACAGCUGCUAAUGCUACUGCUUAUGUAGCAACAAAUGGACAGAUUGAUGAUUCUAUUGAUGCAGAGGAACUACUUGAAGCUAACGAUGUAGUUGAUGGCAUUUGCUGCGAUGCAAAUGCAAUGAAAAUAAAACAAUCGGAUGAAAUGGCUCCUCCACCCGUUGAAGAAAUCGUUCGAGAAGAUGACAAACCAUCAAAGGAUCUUUUACAGUUUUUAGCACAGUGCUCAGCUUCUUCAUCCUGCAGUUCCUCUGAUGGCUUACUACUGCCUGGACAGCAAGCUGCUGCAGCUGUUGCUGCUGCUGCUGCUGUAGCAUAUCAGCAGAAGAAAGAACGUGGACAGUAUAUAUGUAAAUUGGCUGAAACUUUCAACAGUCUUUUUGAUAGUCAUUCACGGCUGCAUCAUAUCAAUGCAGAGCGUAAUCAAGUUUGGAAACAGAUCACUGACUCGGCCAAUGAAAAAUAUGGUUCAGAAUUGGGCGAUUUAACAAUUGAACAAACCAAAAAACUUUAUGCUAAUUUUAGGCGUAAAUCUCAGCUGCUUUCAUUUAAUAAUAAUGGUGGUGGUGCUUCUCGAUCUGAUGCAGGUAGCACAAAUGGAACCGCUUCUGCUGACUUAGAUUCGGAUGCUUCAUCAAGUAAUUCUGAUUUGCUUGCUCGUUUGGUUACACCAACAGCAAAUGGAACAAAUGGUACAAACACAAUUAUCAAUUCUCAAAUGCGAACUGCUUCUCCAACUUUAUUGCCCCGAUUGACUGCACGAGAUCGAAAACCUAGUCAUGAUUUAAAAGCAGGAUUUGUGAAUCACUCAAGUAACAUUAGUCAGCGUGUUGCAGCAAGUUCGGGUUUAUCUUCAGUAGAGUUAUUGGCAGUUAUUGCUGAUCGUGAUGCCGAAAUUAAGCAACUGAAAAAUGAACUUCUGCAGAAAUCGGUUGAACAUCAAUUACAGAUGUCACGCGUUCUAGAGAAAAUGUCUGAUCUAGUAAAAACAGCCGUGAAUACUAAUGUUCAGAGAGAAAUAAUGUCUGCAAUGACAGGAAUGACUACUUUUGGUACUUAUCAUGAAAACGGUUACUGUGAUAAAAGUUACGAUGAUGAUAGUGAUUUAUGA